AUGGCUGGCAGUAGUGAAGUAAAAAUUAGUGAAUCGAAGAAGGUGGUUCCACUGAAUACAUGGGUUCUAAUAUCCAAUUUCAAGCUUGCUUACAACAUGCUUCGCCGUCCAGAUGGCACAUUUAACCGUGAUUUAGCUGAGUUUCUUGAUCGGAAAGUCCCCGAGAAUCCGAAUCCUGUAGACGGGGUUUACUCUUUCGAUAUUGUAGAUUGCACCACGAGCCUUUUCAACCGGGUUUACUUGUCUUCCCUUGAGAAUGAGGCUCAACGGAGGAUUGUAGAAGUUGAAAAGCCAUUGAGCACGAGUGAAAUUGUUCCUGUAAUAUUGUUCUUCCAUGGGGGGAGCUUUACUCAUUCGUCAGCCAAUAGUGCUAUUUAUGAUACAUUUUGUCGUCGUCUUGUCAACAUAUGCAAGGCUGCUGUUGUAUCUGUGAAUUAUCGCAGAUCACCUGAACAUCGUUAUCCGUGUGCCUAUGAUGAUGGAUGGGCUGCUCUUAAGUGGGUUCACUCGAAAUCGUGGCUUAGGAGUGGGAAGGAUUCGAAGGUUCACGUAUAUUUGGCAGGUGAUAGCUCGGGUGGGAAUAUAGCUCACCAUGUUGCUGCACGGGCUGCUGAAGAGGGUGUUGAAGUAUUGGGUAAUAUUCUCCUUCAUCCAAUGUUUGGUGGGCAAGAGAGAAAGGAAUCGGAGAAAAGAUUGGACAGGAAAUACUUUGUAACGAUUCAAGAUAGGGAUUGGUACUGGAGAGCGUUCUUACCAGAAGGAGAAGAUAGAGACCAUCCGGCCUGUAACAUAUUCGGCCCAAGGAAUAAAAGUAUCGAGGGGCUUAAUUUUCCAAAAAGCCUAGUUGUUGUAGCUGGGUUUGAUCUUAUUCAAGAUUGGCAAUUGGAUUAUGUUGAAGGGCUCAAGAAAUCUGGGCACGAAGUAAAGCUCCUAUAUCUUGAAAAGGCAACAAUCGGAUUCUACUUCUUGCCAAAUAACGAGCAUUUCCAUUGCCUCGUGGACGAGAUCAAGAGCUUUAUCCAUUCUAACUGUUAA